UAACGGCAGGGAACGCUGAACUCGUUUUAAAAAUGGCGGCGGACGCGUCGUCGAAGUCGGUGCACAUGGACGUAAAAACCAAUUUAUUUUUAACGAACCCAUCGUUAAUGUAUAUCAUUAUCGCAUUAGUCGUAGUAAUAAUCACAACAAUCAUAUUCUUCCAACGAAGGAAGAAUCUUCGGCGAGGAGUUCUGAUCGUGGGACUAUCAGACGCCGGAAAGACGCUGCUGUUUUCUCAGCUUGUAGGUCUUAAGAAGGUUCACACUUACACAUCAAUCAAAGAGAACAAGGCGUCAUAUAAAAUCCCAAAGAAAGGUUCUCUCAACCUUAUUGACCUGCCCGGCCAUGAUAGAAUCAGAGUCGGGUUUCUGGACUACUUCAAGGGGCUAGCAAGGGCUGUUCUCUUUGUUGUGGACAGUGCUAAAUUCCCACAAGAGGUCAGGGAUGUGGCCGAGUUCCUGUAUAAUCUCUUGUGCGACCCCGUCAUCUCACAGCAUUGCCCACCCAUUAUGAUUGUAUGCAAUAAGCAAGAUGCACCCAUGGCCAAGUCACCCAAGGUGAUACAGUCGCAACUGGAGAAGGAAAUGAAUGUCCUGAGGACCACACAGAUUUCCGCGCUGGAGUCUACGGAGGGGCAGGCAAAUAAGAACACAUUCCUGGGCAAGAGAGGAAAGGACUUCCAGUUUUCAGACGUCCGUCCGAUAGUGGUCGAAUUUGCAGAGUUCAGCGCCAAAUCACCAGAGGAGGCCCAGCUGUCGGUGCUCAAAAGUUGGUUGGCCAAAGUUGCUUAGGUCGUGACGUUAUCACCACACUCACUGUGAGAAAGUGCACGAGAAGAUGAUGCAGAUGGUGUCAGUACCUUGAAAUUAUCACUACUAAUGUUGUAGUUUCAUAGGUUUUGACGGUAUUUUCUAGACAUGACAGAGUUCCUAAGUGGUAAAAAUGAAGUACAUGGACCUCUGAGGAGGUCAAAGACUUAAGAUACCAAAUUUCAUUAAAUUUCAUUGCGCCAUAUUGUCAAAAUUCAAAAAAUACACUUUGAUAUGUGCAACGAUUCAAGUUUGAAAUUUAAGAACGAAACUUGGAACUUGAUUUUCUCCUCCAUUAAUAAACUAUGAUGGAAUUAAUAACAUUACAGUUUUGAAAAGUACGAUUUAUCAAUGUAAAGUGAUGAUUUAUUUUAUUCUAGUGUAUAUUUAAUGACUCCCUGCAGUACUGCGGUGGCCUAACAUGUGCGCCUUCAAUAACUACACAUAUUCAAGGCUUUUUGCAUGAAUACCCUGGGGUGGAUGUGUAAAAGACAGACGUAAAAUGCUUUAUUUCCCCACGCUUUAGCUCUGAAGUCGGCUUUUUGUAGAUGACAGGUCGUGACUCGAGUUUGAGAGUGGGAGGCGCUAUCACAACGUAGCAUGUUCACAUUGAUCCCAUUGGCGAAACUUAUGCUACCAGAACUUGGCUUGUCUCCUAUGCAGCAGCAGCACGAAACGACUCGCGAGACUUGUUGCGUGGUCGAGACAAUGUGCGGCUGCAGGAGUGCGAGCACUGACCAGCAUUGCUUGCUUAUCACCAGAUCACCACUGUCGAACCUAACUGUGGUCGCCACCUGCAAUGCAAAACAAGUAAAAAGUGUAUUUGAAAGCACUUUUAGGUUGCCUGUAAAUGUCUGUGCACUUUGGCUUUCAUUUAAUUAAGGAAUAAGCUGUGUGAAUGUCUGAUUCAUACAAUGUCAGUACAAUUAUUAUUCAUUGCUGAAAUGUUCAAUAUAUUGAUAAAUGCCAUGAAUAUAUUUCGCAAAAGGGG